AUGAUUCUUACUAUGUGCACCGCUACCCCAGCACAACACUCUCAUCCUCCAAAACCACAUUCACGCAUUCAUCUUCCAAAUCAAAAACCUCACUCCACCUUUUCUCCCUUUAACUCCAACAAAAAUUCAACCACCACCGACCUAACCGUAGCAUGGACAUCCUCCAUUUCUCACCACUGCAAAAACGGCCAUUUACUCGAAGCAGCUUCCGAGUUUAUCCGCAUGAGAGAAGCUCAAGUUGAACCCAAUCACAUCACGCUCAUCACUCUUCUCUCUGCUUGCGCUCACUACCCCUCCCAAGCCAGCAUCUCUUUUGGAGCUACCAUACACGCACACGCUUUCAAAUACGGUUUCGCCAUUAACGAUGUAAAGGUGGGUUCUGCGUUGAUUGACAUGUAUGCUAAAUAUGGUCGUCUGAAUUCCGCUAGGUUGGUGUUUGAUCAAAUGGGUAUCAGAAAUUUGGUUUCUUGGAACACUAUGAUUGAUGGGUAUAUGAAGAACGGUGAUAUUGAAGAUGCACUCAAACUGUUUGAUAAAUUGCCUGUGAAGAAUGCCGUUUCUUGGACUGUGCUUAUUGCUGGGUUUGUGAAGAAAGAUUGUUAUGAACAAGCUCUCGAGUGUUUUCGAGAAAUGCAAAUUGCUGGUGUUGCUCCAGAUUACGUGACUGUUAUUGCUAUCAUUUCUUCUUGUGCUAAUUUGGGUGCACUCGGUCUUGGUUUGUGGGUACAUAGGCUUGUGAUGAAGAAAGAGUUCAGAGAUAAUGUUAGAGUUUCCAAUUCGUUGAUAGAUAUGUAUGCUCGAUGUGGGUGCAUAGAGCUUGCUCGUCAAGUGUUUGAUGGAAUGACUCAGCGGGAUUUGGUGUCAUGGAAUUCAAUCAUUGUUGGUUUUGCUCAAAAUGGACGUGCAGAUGAGGCUCUGAGGUUCUUCCAUUCAAUGAAGAAAGAAGGGUUUGAGCCGAAUGGGGUCAGUUACACGGGUGUACUCUCGGCUUGCAGUCAUGCUGGAUUGAUUGACAAUGGACUGAAAAUAUUUGCUGACAUGAAGAGAGCUCGUAGAGUUUCGCCGAGGAUUGAGCAUUAUGGUUGCUUAGUGGAUCUUUAUAGUAGAGCGGGGAGAUUGAAGGAAGCAUGGGACGUCAUCAAGAGAAUGCCCAUGAACCCUAAUGAAGUGGUGUUGGGGUCAUUGCUGGCAGCUUGUAGGACUCUUGGGGACGUUGAAUUGGCUGAAAAAGUGAUGAAGUAUAUUGUUAAAUUGCAUCCUGGUGGAGAUUCAAAUUAUGUGCUUCUGUCUAACAUAUAUGCUGCAGUUGGAAAAUGGGAUGGUGCGAGCAAGCUUAGGAGGAAAAUGAAAGAACGUGGCUUACAAAAGAAACAAGGCUUUAGUUCCAUUGAGAUUGACUCUAGCAUUCACAAAUUUGUGUCUGGCGAUAAAUAUCAGGAAGAGAAUGAUAAUAUUUACUCAACCUUGGAGCUUCUGUCCUUUGAGCUCCAAUUAUGUGACUAUGUUCCUGAUUUAUACGAGGAAGAUUGA